CCAUAUAUCGAUUGGCACCUGGCUUAUCGUUAAGCAGCUGAUUCGCUUUAGGUACCGUUUAAACGUGCAUUUGUUUAUUAUGCAAGGCAUAUUAGUAAAUAAUGAUAUUAUUUACUAACUAUAACAUAAAGUGCUAACGUAAAUAUACAUGUUGAGUUGGAAAAAGUAAUUUUACCGAAACCUUACAUUUUGAUCAAAUUACCCCGAGUAAACACACCCACAAAUCAAUGAAAUGCUGGAGUUGCUGUGCCGGGUCAGUCCUGCAAGAUUGCCAUGGAGAAGCUGCAUGUCCCUAGCCAUUCAGCCGGCACAGAGACGCCGUUUCGCAACAGAAGUUGCCGGAAAAAGUACGGACACCGAAAAAUCCCCAUUCACUGAAUGGCGCACCGUCUAUAGUAUGCCGGGCAUACGGCUCGUGGCCUCAUUAAGUAGAUUGAAAGUCUACCAGGCUGUCCUCACGACCGCCGGAACGCCCCUUGUCUUCGCCCUGAGCAGCGCCGGACAGCUAAGCACGGACGCACUGGCCAUCUACGCCGCCAUCGGAGUCACUGGCCUGGUCACCCUCACACUCGCCAGCUACGCGGCCUCGAAUCUCGUGGGCUUUAUCUACGUGAACGAGCAACAGGAUCUGCUCAAGCUAGCCUACGUGGACUUCUGGGGACGACGACAGGAGGCACUCGUGGAAACCGAUGAUCUGCUGCCCAGCUGGGAGCAGGGAAGUCCAUCUCGAUUGAGAUUCGUUUCGCCCAUUAGCUUGCGCAGCGAUCCCAAAAGGCGCUACAAACUCCUUCAUCGCUUCGGUCAUGUCAGCGAUCCCCAGUUGUUUGAGGGUCUCUUUGGAGAUUGAACAUAAAUUUAGUCAAUUGUUAUACCAGAGAUACCCGUUUGUUAAUAUCUGAAUUAGAAAACCAUGUCGAUGCUGAAACUUUAAGGUUAGUCAUCCUUUUUGUAUACAAUACUUUAUUAGGAGUAUUUUUUUAGUCCAGCAACAUCCCUUUAUGAAAAUAUAUAAGUUGCUGAUCUGUGACAAAUAUGUCCAUCCAAACAUGAA